GAAAAAAGUUUCAUCCAUGGAUGGCCUGGGAUGGGAUGGCUCAGAAGUUAUAGCAAACUCAUUGCCUGUGUGGAACAGUCAGCGAAAUGAUAUAGAAGACAGUGUAUUAAUGUCUAACUUAAAUUCUUCCACGUACGGUGGCGAGAUGGAUCUGCCAGAAGAUAUCUUCAAUCAAAUUCAAGAACUUCAAAAAGCUCAGCUAUUUCGUGUGAAUCCAGAUUCAGAUAUAGUAAGGGAAAUGGUUCCACAACCAGUUUCUGAACUAGAUUCAGUAAACGUUGCCUCGAACGUUAAUAUGUUGCAGCGUCAAGGAAUAAGGUUAGCGGCAGAUACAAGCCUCCCGAAAUCUACUAAUUGGAGAGAUGCUAUAACCCAAGAGUUGUGCUCUUCUCCUUUGAUAGGUAGAGCUUACGGUUUGAGCACAUCAAAUGCUUCAAUUUCUGAUAUUGGUAUGGCGGUUCAAUCACAAGCCACCAAUGGUUUACGAAAUGAUAAGGCUGGUGCUACAACUACAGGCUCUCUUGAGUCCCUUGAUUGCUUACUCUCAGCUACUAGUAGCAACAUUGAUACAUCAGUUGAAGAAGAUGGGAUUUCCAUGAUUUUCUCUGAUUGUAAGAACUUAUGGAAUUUUGCUGCUAGCAGUGCAGUUUCAUCAGGAGCGUCUGAAAACAAUGGCUCAAAUACGGGAAGCAUAGAUUUCACCUGCCCAGUAAAUGAGCUCGACGAGGCAGUGUCCCAGAGUUCUUCGGAUCAGUACAUCACUAAUGGCAAACAGUCACAAACAAAGCCUAGUUCUUCAAAUAAAAGUGAGUUGAAAGUUGGUCUAAAUUGUGGUUACUUCAGUCUUCUUCAGACUGAACCUUCUGCCACAGAAGGAGGUUUUAGGUUCAUUCCUGAGAACCCGCCGAAAGCAAAGAAAGCCAGAUCAGAAAAGCGCCCUUGUUCAUCGAACAUCAAUUUUCAACAGCCAAGUUCAUCAGUAUCUUCUUCCAUUGAGGAACCUGAUCCAAAGGCCAUUGCACAAAUGAAAGAGAUGAUUUAUCGAGCUGCAGCCUUCAGGCCUGUGAACUUAGGCUUGGAAGUGGUGGAGAAACCAAAGAGGAAGAACGUGAGAAUAUCAACUGAUCCACAAACUGUGGCUGCAAGGCAAAGGAGGGAGAGGGUAAGUGAGAGAAUUAGGGUUUUGCAGAGGCUGGUUCCUGGUGGAAGCAAGAUGGAUACAGCAUCAAUGCUUGAUGAGGCUGCGAACUACAUAAAGUUCCUCAGCUCCCAAGUCAAGGCACUAGAAAACCUAGGCCACAAGCGUGACCCGAUCAAUUGUCCUCCUACCAACCUUGCUUUCUCUUCUUUACCUUUCAACCACUCUCUUGAUCUCCCCAUGCAAACACAUAAUUUUCCACUCCUAAACCCUAAUCAUAUCCACCAUGCACCCACCAAGUUGAAAAAGCUAUUCCAAAACCUAUAAAAGAAGUCCUAACCACAUGGUUCCUCAGUCAUACUCAUCAUCAUUGCAUUAUUCAUCAUUAAUGAAUAACAUGCAAAAAAACUUUUCCUAGCCUCAGAACAAGUACUACUGUAUAAGAAAACUAGUCCGAAAACCAAAAUCCCUUUAUCAUCAUUUUCAUCAUUACAUAUAUCUUCUGUAAUCGAUCUAGAGUUUCAAACUCUUGACAA